AUGGCUGCCUCCGAGGACCUCAUCGACUUCAACAUUAUUGAAGCUCAGAAGGAAAACGUCCAAUCGCUUCCCGGCGGCCGUUCAGCCAGAGAGCUCGCUCGCAUCUUCUCUGGUGGCAGCAACAGUGACAGUCUCGCGUCGCCAUCACCGAACGAUACACGAACACUAAAUGGUGCCAUCCGCCAAGAAUACGAGAAUGAGUUACAAGUGAUAAGUGAAUCUGAUGACCCGCUCGACGUUUACGACCGCUACGUGAAAUGGACUUUGAACGCCUAUCCCUCUGCGCAAGCCACCGCCGAGUCCGGCCUCCUCCCGCUGCUCGAACGUGCCACGAAAUCUUUCCUGUCAUCGUCACAUUACAGAAAUGACCCCCGGUACCUCAAACUAUGGCUUCACUACAUCAGGCUCUUUUCCGAUGCGCCUCGCGAGACAUUCGCAUUCCUUGCGCGGCAUCACGUCGGUGAGGGCCUGGCCUUGUUUUAUGAGGAAUUUGCCGCUUGGUUAGAAGGUGCUGGACGGUGGACUCAGGCCGAUGAGGUAUUCAGACUCGGUGUGGACCGCGAGGCUCGGCCGGUUGAGCGAUUGCUCCGGAAAUACAGCGAAUUCCAACAUCGGUACGAGGAGCGACCGCAGGACGCCGGGCCAUCCUCACCUGCUUUGCCAACUGUCCGCCCUGCGCUGGCCGCGAAGAUGGACCCGUUUGCUCCCACCGAUACGUCUGCGGACCCGCAGGCCUCCCGGCCAUCACCUAAGGCGGGCGCUGCUCCAAAGACCAAGACUGGAAAGGCAAAAAUGGCCAUUUUUUCUGAUGCCGACGUGGCUGUGACUGAGCAGCCGGCAGCAAGCGGAGCAACGAAGGGUUGGGAAAGCAUCGGAUCCAUGCGAGACCGCAGGAAGGAAAACGAAGUGGAGGCAAAGCCGUGGGUUGGAGAGACAUUGAAGGCAGGGAAGAAAGCAGCGCCGAAAGAAAAGAUGGCCAUUUUCAGGGACGAGUCAAAUCCAAAUCCUCAAGAAGAACCAUGUGCCCCCAAGCACACUCCGGAACACCAUGUAAGAGAAGCGGUAAACCCACGAACUGGCCGACGAGAACGCGUGUUUGUCGACCUGGAAGCAGUAUACCCCGACUACAAGAACCCUGCGCAUGAGGUCAGCUUCGAGGAAUUGAGAGCUAUAAAGCGAGGCUGGAUGAGCAAGAAUUGGCGAAUUCAGAAAGAGCCUUUGCAGCAGAUUUCUGGGAACUCUACCAGUGAACUGCAACCGACACAACCCAAAGCGCCCACGCCUGAUGAGAACCUGCCAGAACAAUUUGACCAAAAGUUGGCUAUUGAUGAGCAGUCUCAGCCACAGGCGCAGGAUGGACCUCAUGAAGGCAAAUCUGGGAAAGCAAGGAAGUUCAAGGUUCACGGCGAUUCGCAGACUCAGACUGUUAAAAUGAAGUUUGACUCUCCUACGAGCUCAAAGGUUCGCCGGAAGAGCACCAGGGAGCCGACAAUGACUAUGCACACGCGCGCUGCCACGGACGAGAUCUACAGCAUCUUCAAUCAACCCUUGAAGGCCGAGGAAGAAGACGCAGCCGACAGCCUGUACGGCAGCGACUAUGACGAUGAUGAUUGUGCUAGUACUGCGGAUACUACUGGGCAUAUCUCUGCGACUUCGAGUGACUUUGGUGACGAUGAAACACAAACAUUCCACAAGUCUCUUGACGAUACCGAAUACGGUGACGGUGACACUACUCACCCCGGUAGCAUUGUCGGAGACGAUUGGACAGAGUUCAGCGUCAGUCGUGAUGUCCCUGGUAUCGAGUCUGCAGAUGCUACAUCACAUUCCGUUGUAAGUGACGGGGUACCUGACGAUUCUCAGCAUGGAACACCCGAAAGAAAAGGGUUCGUGCCGCAGAUGCCAGAGGACUAUGCUCCGCCUUAUGGGACUUACAGAGAUCCUGCGAUCAUGGCCCAGAACCGCCUCCCCUUCAUGACCCCCAUUGUGGAGCGGACUGAGUCCUCUAUCUCCAUGACCGCUGCUCGGAAUGCUCUUUCUAAUGCUAAGACUCCGUCUAAACCUCGGACGCCUGCCGGUGUACCCCAGAUGGGCGAUCUUCUACUAUCUAGUCCGUUUGGAGCUCCGACACCAUAUCACGGAGACCAUACGGUGACUUCCUCGGCAGAUGUACCAUUCAGUCCCACUGCUUUCAAAGCUCUUGCCCCGAAACAGCGCCAUCGGGAGGUGAUUAUCAAGGAAACACAAUGCAAUCCAACAGACAAGGGCAUUCGCAAUACGAUCUUGAAUUCCUUGGACCCACCGCUCGCGGCCUAUGCAGGCUACCACGGACACGUUCAAGCCAGCAACUAUGCUUCUAUGAUUCAGAAGUUCGUGAAAGCUCACAGCAGAAAGUCCAAGAGCGGCCAUGACGAAGAAUACGACAUUCCAAUCCUCGAAUUCCCCGGUGCUGAGCGAAGCUACAUCAUCCGUCGUGAGCUCGGGGCAGGCGCCUAUGCCCCAGUCUACUUAGCCGAAAGUGUCGACAGUCUCGAGUCCUACAACUCCGAUUCCGACGACGAAAACGCAUUGCCAAUUGGCAGAGAUUCCCAGACCAGAAAAUCAAACUCCUACGACACAGUCCGGUACCCAUUCGAAGCCGUCAAAGUCGAAAACGGACCCUCUAGCGCCUGGGAAUUCUACAUGAUCCGCACCGCCCACGAACGCCUUCGCAAUUCCACCGGUUACUCCCGUGCCACGGACAGCAUUGUCCGCGCCCACGAGUUACACGUUCACCAGCGCGAGAGCUUCCUAGUCGAAGACUACCGCGGCCAAGGCACACUCCUCGACCUAGUCAACAUUCUCCGCAAUGAACCCAUCUCCUCAACCCACAACAGCGAAGGCGGCCUCGAAGAAUCACUCGCCAUGUUCUUCUCCGUCGAGCUCUUCCGUACCGUCGAAGCCCUCCAUGCCAACGGCAUCCUCCACGGCGACAUCAAAGCAGACAACUGUCUAGUCCGCCUUGAAGAAGAAGACCCACCUACAAACGCCCUCUCCCUCCUAGACCUCGGCGCCGACGAACCAGCCCAAGACUCCCGCGAUAGCAUCCACUACUCACCAAACGGCGUCCUCGGCUGGCGAAACAAGGGUCUCGCUUUGAUCGACUUCGGCCGCGGCAUCGACAUGAACGCAUUCACCCCCAACGUCCAAUUCAUCGCAGACUGGGAAACAGGUACACACGAAUGCAACGAAAUCCGUGAGAUGCGCCCCUGGACCCACCAAAUCGAUUUAUACGGCAUUGCCGGCGUAAUCCACGUCCUGCUUUUCGGGAAAUACAUCGAGUCCUCAGCCGUCCGCACUUCCUCCGGCACAUCUACUACAUACCGGAUCCACGAGUCGUUGAAGCGCUACUGGGACCGCGAGCUGUGGGCUGAUGUUUUUGAUUUGCUUCUUAACCCUGGUGCCGAGAAAUGGGUUUCUUUGGAAAGGGAAGCUGCUGGGGCUGAGAAUGUUAGGCGUGCUCUUCCGGUGUUGCAUUCUAUGCGAAGGGUGCGUGAGGCUAUGGAAGAUUGGCUUGUUGUUAAUGCGGAGAAGAAGGGGCUUGCGUUGCAGUUGAGGAAGAUUGAGGCGUUGCUUUCGGAGCGAAAGAAGAAGAUGGAGCGUGCUUGA